AUGCCUGUGCCACCGAUGGUCUCCGAGAAUCCUUCGUCGGUGGGCCCCUCUUCCAUCCUGGGAAAGCCGGCGCGAAGAGUGCCGAGCAACAAAAAGAACAUGCGCAUCCACGGCAGCUUUGUGCGCGCUCCUUCCAAAGCGGCCGUCCACCAAUACUGGCCGAAGCUGCAGGCAGGGCUCAAGAGUUACUACUUGGCCAACUUCAUGGCCGCCGUGGUUCUGUUUGACGCUUACUGCACUUGCGUGGACAUUGAUGCAACUGCUGCCGGCAUGGAGCCUCCUCAGCUCCUGUCGAUCCUCUCAGAUUGUUGCCUCGUGGCUUACACUCUUGAGCUUGCUGCCUUGCUCACUGUAUUUGGAUUCAAGCCGUUGAUUGGCGAUUGGAUGAUAGUGGUUGACGCCCUCAUCAUUGCCUGUGGCUGGGCGGAGAUCCUUAUUGCUUCCUUGGCCUCGGGAAGAUUUGCCUUUCGCACCGCGGUGCUGCGCGCGCUGCGGCUGGUGCGGAUAUUUAGGCUCAUGCGCUUGCUGAAGAAGAUACGCUUGCUGCGAGAGCUCUACAAGCUGGUGAUGAUGAUGGCCACAUGCUUUCGGACACUGCUGUGGUCGUUCCUGUUGUGUUUCCUGGUGAUGACCGUCUGGGCCAUGCUCAUGGUGGAGACCGUCAGCCCUCUGGUGAAGGAUAUGAGCUUGAAUCACGGCGUGUUUGACAAUUGUGCGCAAUGCACGAGAGCUGUGUCAUCUGUCAUGGAUGCAAAUUUGCUGCUCUUCAAAACUGUGAUUGCUGGGGACAGCUGGGGCGAGGUCGCCGUUCCUGUAAUUCAGGCCUACCCAGCAACUGCUUUCAUCUUUGUCGGCUCCUUGCUGACGCUGGUCUUUGGAGUCCUGAACCUCAUCGUUGCCGUUGUCGUCGACACCUUUGCAGACGCUCGGCUGAACGACGUUCAGACCUUGGCAGAGGAGAUGGAAGACGAGAUCGAAUUUGACAGAAUGUCCUUGGAAAAGAUCUUCGCCCGAAUCGACGAGGACGGAAGUGGCGAGCUGAGUCUCCCGGAGCUGAUUGAAGGAGCCAGAAAGGAUGCUGAUUUUCAGAGCCGCCUCCGCGUCAUGGAUAUCGACGAGCAAGACUUGGAGCAGCUGUUCCACAUGAUUGACCAAGAUCAGUCUGGAACCAUUGAGGUGUCUGAGUUUAUUGGCCCGCUAUCCAGGUGGGCACAUGACUCCAAGACGGCCCCCCGCUUCAUCAAGUAUAACAUGAUCCAGGCCAUGCAUCUCCAAGAAGAUCUCUACGAGCUUUCCUUGGGAGCUUUUCGGCAGCUGGCGGCAAAGAUUGAAGAAUUAUCUACUCAAGUUCAGGCGGGACAAACCAAAGAAAAGACGAAUUAG